AUGCCUUCUGUCGCAAGCAUUCACAAGCGCCAUGCCUAUGGCAAAGAUGCGCAUACCUAUUACCCCGUUCUCAUUGUCGGCGCCGGAGAGUCCGGCGUGGCGAUGGGUUGUCGGUUGAAGCAGGUCCUGGGGACAGACCAGUUUCGAAUCUUUGAGCGACAAUCUGGUAUUGGAGGUACUUGGUGGAUCAACCGGUAUCCCGGUGCUGCUUGUGACAUGUAUGUGUUGACCGAUCCAGUUUGCGACUCGCCAAAGAACUGGUCGACUUUGCACCCGUCUGGUCCUGAAAUCGCGCAAUAUCUAGCCGACGUCUGUGAAGAGUAUCAGAUUGUCGAUAAGAUUCAGUUCCACACCGACGUCAAGAACCUUCAGUGGAUUGAGCAAGAUGAAGAGUGGGAGGUAACUCUUUCGCAUCUUGUUCCUGGAACCGGAGAUCUAUCGGCUUAUGAACGGGAGCAACUUGCUAUUGAAGAUGGCUCACAUGCAGUCUACAUCAAGGAAGAGAUUGUGCGCGCCAAGGUCGUCGUCAGCGGAGUAGGAGGCUUGGUCGAGCCAAAGACAUGGCCAAAGGAUAUUCCCGGAAUCGAGGACUUUGAAGGAGAAAUCAUGCACACAGCCCGAUGGGAUGACGAGAUCGAUUUGCAGAAUAAGGACGUGGUUGUCUUCGGCUCAGGAUGCAGUGCCGCACAAGUGGUUCCUGAACUGGCGAAACCCGAAGCCAACGUUCGCUCUAUCACACAACUGAUGCGAACGCCUCCGUGGGUGCAACCUGAUCUCCUCCCGCCCCAUUUACUGGAGAAGUGGGACAGAUGGAUGCCCACUCUGUGCACUAAUAUCCCGGGCCUGUCACGACUUCUGCGCAACAAUGUGUUUCUCAUGCUUGAACACAACUUCUUUGCCAUGUUUACGGAUUCUGCUUACGGUCGCUGGAAGAGACCGCAGAUCGAAGAAGCCUUCCUUGCCCAUAUGCGCAAGAUGGCACCCGAAAAAUACCACGAGGUUCUCACCCCGGACUACAGCUUAGGCUGUAAGCGUCGCAUUAUUGACGGCACCUGGUACCGCAGUUUGAAUUCAUCCAAGGUCGAGCUGACCACCCAACCACUGACCCGUGUCCACGCAAAGAGUGUGACCAUCGGGCCGGGCAGCUUCUACCCGCGUAACCAAAGCAACCCCUCCGAUGAGGUUCGGGAGAUCCCCGCCGAUGUGCUCAUUCUGGGUAACGGCUUCGAAACGAACAAAUGGCUCCAUCCCCUCAAAAUGACCGGCAAGGGAGGCAAGGAUAUUCAGGAAUUGUGGGACGAGCGUGGAGGCGCACAGGCGUAUUUGGGAAUUGCGAUGGACCAGUUCCCUAACUUCUUCAUGCUGUUCGGUCCAAAUACAGCAACGGGACAUACCAGUGUCAUCUUUGCGACCGAGAAUGCGGUUAAUUACACUCUCAAGUUCAUCAAGCCCAUUCUCGAGGGUAAGGUGAGUUCCUAUGAGAUUAAGGAGGAAGCCGAGCGUGCAUGGACAAAGCAGCUGCAGGAUCAACUGCAGAAGACUGUCUUCCGUCGGGGCUUGUGUGCUAGUUGGUACAUUACCGAAGAUGGAUGGAAUUCUUCGACUUACCCGUGA